GCAGGGCACACACUCAGCGAUGGACGCCGGUCGUGCAGCCAACAUUUGCAGCACGUUUGUCGCUGUUGCCGCGUUAUUCGUCGCUGCCAAUGCAGUUCAGGGAGAGAACGGUCACAGAGUGAGCAGGAGCGACGUGCGAGCGGUGCUCGGCGAAAAGAUGGACCCGAACUUCUGGCCGACGCGGGGACGACGCUCGCCGCUGGGCGCCGCCCUGGGCUCGGAAGAGGACGACGCUCCGUUCUGGGCCAACCGGGGCCGCAGCGUGCGUCUCGGCGAGGAGGACGAGGCGCCGUUCUGGGCAAACCGCGGGCGCAGUGUGCGUCUCGGCGAACUGCAGAGUUUGCUGCAGGAACGGGGCGUCGGUUCAGAUGAGGAGCCGCCCUUCUGGGCCAACAGGGGGCGCAGUCUGCCUUGUGACGGCAUUGGACAGGAUGGAGCCUUGUUCGCCGAAGAGCCUUACUGGGUGAUGAUGGACCGACGUGACGACGAAACAGCCGGCGGCUCGUCGCUAGUCGAUCCGUUCUGGGUGGCGCGGGGACGGCGUGGCCUAUUGGACACCCUAGGCACGGCACCAAACGACUUCUGGGCGUCGCGCGGCAAGAAAGCACCCCUGGCCACCCGACAGGGCGAGAACGCGGCGCGUGCCCUCGGACUCAGCUCCGACCAGUUCUGGCCAGCGCGCGGCAAACGAGCCGCCGACUCGCGCGGCAAACGCGCCGCCGCCGCGCGCACCCGCCUCAAUGACAAGCCACACCAUCACGUCUAACCUCCGCCUUCUAAUGAAUGUUGAUGAUUUAGUGACAUUUUAUUGACUAUGGUCUGUAUAAAAUGAAUUGACACUUGGAGAAAAUAUCCGUGUUGCCAAAUUGUGCAAAUCUCAAUCCGUUCAUGCAAUCACAUACGACUGAAUGUAUUCAAUUCGACAACACAGUCGAUGCAGAGCUCUCAAUUUGAAUACAAUCAGUCACAAUCAUAGGCUUGCAUGAACCGAUUGAAAUUUCGCACAAUUUGGCAACGAUAUUUUCUCCAAGUGUCAAUUUAUUUUAUUCAGAGUAUAGAUUGCUGUCAUUUGACGUGUUAAUUGGAAAUAUUGUAAAAUCUCUGUAAAAUUUCGUGGUGCAUCUUAUGUAAAUAAAAGCAAAUAAUUUCGUA